GAGCGGGGAGACCCCGCCCUCCGCGCGCAGGGAGCCGUCCUCGGCCGCCCGAGCCCGGCUGGUGCUGCAGCGCCGCCGACAGCGGCCUCGGAGGCGGCAGCCGCGGGAGCGACCCGGGAGGUGCUUCCCUGGCAGGGCCGAGGCAGGAGAGGGCGAGACCCUGAGCAAACUUUACAGCGGCUUCGGCCGGGGGCGGCAGCGGCAGCGGGCUCCGUCCCCUAGCAGAUCCCGGGCCCGGGAGCUGGUGCAUCCGGCCGAGAAGGUCUGGAGCCCCAGGUGAGAGCGGAGCUAUCAUCCUCUGCCCCUCCCACUCUUCGCAGAAAGGAUCUGCUACAAGACUGAAUGUGUUCACUGCUGCGAGGACCAGGGACCACGGUGGGAUUUGCUGUGCUGCCAUCUGCAAACAGUGGGAUAGUAACAUCUUUGGGAGAAAGAAAAUUGGCUUCCUUUCCUGAAAGCGGUGAAUGUACAGCAGAUGGUUGCCCAGGAGGAACACUAGUCCGAUGGAGACCCUCUAUGUUUUGUACUAGGAAACAGAAUCAGUUGUAAGAGUCCAUGUUGAUCUUGGCAGUAGAAGGAUUAAAAAAAGUUGAGUUUCCACAAAGAACAAGAACUUUACCAUCUCCCUUUUUGAUCUGAAGACCGGAGGACAAUGGAUAUCAUAGAGACAGCAAAACUUGAAGAACAUAUGGAAAACCAAACCAACGAUCCUGCAAACACUUACACAAGACCUGCUGAACCUGUUGAAGAAGAGAACAAAAAUGGCAAUGGUAAACCUAAGAGUUUAUCCAAUGGGCUGCGAAAGGGCACCAAAAAGUACCCGGACUAUAUCCAAAUUGCUAUGCCCACGGAAUCGAGGAACAAAUUUCCCCUAGAGUGGUGGAAAACGGGCAUUGCCUUCGUGUACGCUCUUUUCAACCUCGUCCUGACAACCGUCAUGAUCACAGUUGUGCACGAGAGGGUCCCUCCCAAGGAGCUCAGCCCUCCACUCCCAGACAAGUUUUUUGAUUACAUAGAUCGGGUGAAAUGGGCAUUUUCUGUAUCAGAAAUAAAUGGAAUUAUAUUAGUUGGAUUAUGGAUCACCCAGUGGCUAUUUCUGAGAUACAAGUCAAUAGUGGGGCGCAGAUUCUUUUUUAUCAUUGGAACUUUGUACCUGUAUCGCUGUAUCACGAUGUACGUUACUACUCUCCCUGUGCCUGGAAUGCAUUUCCAGUGUGCUCCAAAGCUCAACGGAGACUCUCAGGCAAAAGUACAACGGAUUCUACGGUUGAUUUCUGGUGGCGGAUUGUCCAUAACUGGGUCGCAUAUCUUGUGUGGAGACUUCCUCUUCAGCGGCCACACAGUUGUGCUGACACUUACUUAUUUGUUCAUCAAAGAAUAUUCGCCUCGUCACUUCUGGUGGUAUCAUUUAAUCUGCUGGCUGCUGAGCGCUGCUGGGAUCAUCUGCAUUCUUGUAGCACACGAACACUAUACUGUCGAUGUGAUCGUUGCUUAUUAUAUCACAACACGGCUCUUUUGGUGGUACCAUUCCAUGGCCAAUGAAAAGAACUUGAAGGUCUCUUCACAGACUAAUUUCUUGUCUCGAGCAUGGUGGUUCCCCAUCUUUUAUUUUUUUGAGAAAAACGUACAAGGCUCAAUUCCUUGCUGCUUCUCCUGGCCACUGUCCUGGCCUCCUGGCUGCUUUAAAUCGUCUUGCAAGAAGUAUUCACGGGUUCAGAAGAUCGGUGAAGAUAAUGAAAAAUCUACCUGAGGAGCAAAACCAAGGCAUCAGCUCUUAGACCAAAAGAGUUAUCGCUGUAACCAAAGGUAUAGUUUUGUUUUUGUUUUUAUUUUAGGAGAACUGAUUGCUAAAUGAAGCAGACCAAAUUUUGUGCAAAUGAUUAGAAAGAUGAACGAAGUAUUACCCUUUGACUGGUUUUUUAUUCAUCCUGAGAAAGUUACAUUCUCCUGCAGCUCUUCAUUCAUUGGUGACAAGCCCUCAAACUGGGAUUUUACUAAUGAGCUUGUUAAAGAGGUGCCAAAGAACAUACUACUUCUUCCCUCAUUCUUUCUCCUCUAAAGCUCUCUACUUCAGAAUUUUUUCAGGAAUUUUUUUCCCUCCGAGGUCAAAAGAAUUUGUUAAUGUUUUAAAUAAAAAUCUGGAUAUAUACGGCUACUGUGUAAAUAGAAUCACCUAAUGUUGAGAGUGAUUUUUAGCAUUAGGCUUCUCAGCGAGGGGGAGAUCCAUGGGUUGUGAGUGAACUUCGGGUGAACUUUGUUUCUGCUCUGUCAAGGGGAAGGUCAGGGUCAGGUCUGGGAAUAUGUGCUGCUGCUACCACCCAAUGUACUAUAUCACUUUCACUUUAUUUUUUUUUUUUAACUGAUAAUUUUAUAACUUAAAAAGAAAAGAUGAACUAAGUAAAUAUAAAAGUAUUUGACACAUCCCACAGAUUUUACAUGUGUGUAAAUAUUUCAUUUUAAGACCUCUAUGACAGAUAUACAGGAGACAUGGGGCUGCUUAUGCUAACGAGGAGUCCUUCUGCUGUCCACCUGGUAACUUUGCACCUGUACCCCCAGAGCAGUCAACAGUGUAGCACAGGCUGAACACACAUAGCUGUAUGAACUGAUGCUCAUGCCCUAUGGGGAACAAGCCUGUGUUUCUCUCCCAGGUCACGCCCUGUGUGAGAUCUGCUUUAGAGCUGCAAAUUGGAACUCAGAAAUACAGUUGGUCACAUUUCACUGAAAACCAUUUCUUCCUAGUGACAUUGUGCUUUAUGGAAAAACCAAGAUGGAAUCCAAAAGUUUAAUGCAUCCUUGCCUUUUAGCAAGAGACUCUGUUUCUUAUGUACUGGUCCUAAGGACACAUACCACAAUUGAGUAAUUUUACUUUGACCCUAAAAUUAUACCACGGUGCUGCACUAUAAUCUAUGGUUGGAAUUGGUGUGUUAGUCGGUUACAGCUACUCAAUAAAGGGGGAUAAUAGUUUCUAAAGUUCUUUCAGGUGAUGCAAAAAAAAAAGAUGGAUUUUUAAAUAUCUGACCAGAUGUAGUGCAUUAUUUAAUGCUGUUGAAUCUUUUGGAUAAUUCUUGGCUUAAUUUCUUUAGACUUCUAGUAACCGUAGGAAAAAAUUUAAGGUCACAAAGUCAUCAACACUAGUCAGAGACUGGAGAGGCCAGGGGGGCUGGUAGGAGGCAGUUACAUUUAUAGUGAAGGUGAAAAUUUCUCCCCACUUAGAAUGAAAAACAUCCCUAAAUUUGUCAUUGUAAACAAGUCGGCCUUGAUUCGGUACACAAAAUUGACCUUUAAAUUGUUGGAGAGAAGCACAAUACAGAUCUGUUCAGAAGGGUCAUCAUCCUUUGGUGCUAAAAUUCUAUAUAUGUUUUCAGUAUGGCUCUUUCUCUGUGUAAAAAAGAAACACUAAAGGUUGAAUUCAAAGGCAGAAAGACAGACUAAUCUGGUUAUUUACAACAAGAAUUGAAACGCUAAACAUCCUUGGCAGGCUUUGAAAUGCAGGAAG